AAGGCUCUUUUGGAUGCCGCGCCACUGACCCUGUCGGGAGGGAGUUUUUCUCACAAGGCCCCUUCCCUGGAACUCGGCAUGACCUCAGUUCAGGUCAGCGCGGAUGCCGGUCGGUGUUUCUUCCCUCCCACAGCAAACCGGAAACGGGUCACAGUCAACGGGACGAUCGACGGACGGAUAACGAGGACAUGGUGGCGGAUGAUAAGGCCUUGACUUUGACCUUGACCAAUACGUAACAUCGAAGCGGGAGUUAGAAGAAGACGAAGUUUGUCCAUAGCUAGGAUCCAUGCACAACCGGGCCGCCUUGACAGCUCCAAGAUGGCGGACGUUAAGGGGGUUCUUAAGGCAGGUGACCAGACGUUCGAUCAUCAAUGUCAACAGUACGAAGAGAUUCGGCCUCUUCUGGGUGAGGACAGCAGACACAACUACGCCACGAUCAAUGCCGACAGCGUCCCAACAACCACAGACAAACCCCAAUGCCGUGUGUACAAGCGGCGCUGGUACAUUGUGGGGAUAUUUGCCUUGUUGGGGUCCAUCCAUUGCGCUAUUGGGAACACUUGGGGCCCGAUCGCCGACUCGGCCGGGAAGGUUCUGGGCUGGACAGACAGUAACAUCGCGCUGGUCAACAACUGCGGCUGUUUCUCCUACGUUCUACUGGCCAUCCCGUGCUCCUGGCUAAUGGACGUCAAAGGUUUGCGUACUUCGGUGCUGCUGGCGGCGUUCUUCAUGCUGCUGGGGACCGGGAUGAGGUGCUUCACACUGGAGGAACCUGUGGCUACAUGGUUGAUCUAUCUGGGCCAGUUUCUGAACGGUUGUGGCGCUCCUGUGUUGAUGGCGGCCCCUCCCCUCAUCUCAGCAACCUGGUUCCCACCAAAACAGAGAACCACGGCCACGGCCAUCGCUGGUCUCCUUGGCAACGUGGGCUGUGCUCUCAGCUACGUGAUUGGUCCGUUGGCCGUGUCCCAGCCGGGCGAACCGACCAAUCACACGGGGAAUUACAGCGACAUCGAUAUCAGUAGUCUUGUUGAAAUUACUGAGAUCAGCCAUGCCAACAACACAGACAUCAAGUCAAUGGAGGCGGAGCAGAUCAUGCGACUGAUGUACAUCGAGUUUGGUUUGACGGCUGUGUUGUUCCUGGCCAUCCUCGUGUACUACCCCGCCUGUCCCCCGUCUCCGCCCAGUCUGUCCGCCUCCAUCAGCCGGCUCAACUUCACGUCAGGGGUGAAGGGUCUGCUGACGAAUGGUUCGUUCUGGCUGGUAUGCCUGUCGUACGGAAUGGUGCAGGGCUCGAUCGGCGGCUGGGGAAACAUCCUGGACGUCAACGUGUCUCCGUACAACGUCACGCAGGUCCAGGCUGGUUGGGUGGGGUUUUAUGGAAACCUGAUCGGCUGCGCCUUCUCCUUCGUCUUCGCAAGACUGGGAGACUAUUUUGCGGGUCACUUCAAGCUGAUGCUGGUUCUGCUGGCGGUUCUCCAGGCCGCCACCAUGCUGUGGUUCAUUCUCAUGGUCAACGUCAGCCUCAUUCCCUUCAGCAUGGCGUCCCUGUACACAACCUUCGCCCUGACACAAGUGUGCCUCAGCGGGUCCGGGCCGAUAUAUUACGAGAUGUCGGUAGAGUUGACCUAUCCUGUGGCGGAGGGCAUCACCACCAUCGUACUGACUCUGGUGUACUACAUCUUCUGUCUACUGGUCCUGCUGCUUCCCAUGGUCCCAGCUCUGGGAGUGGCGUGGUUGAACUGGGCCACCCUCGGCACGACGUUCGUGGUUCUGCCCAUGUUGUGCUGCUUCAGGGAGAGGUACGGACGGCUGUCCAUCGACGUGGCAGGCGUUAAGGAGCAGGGCGGAACUACGGACACUGUUAACUCAUGAUUUUGUCUGUGUGCAAUACCAGUAUCAUUAUCAGGGACUGUUUUGUAACUCGUAUUUUUAUUGUAAGCUGACUAUAAACAUCUAAAGCCUUAAACAACUGCUUCACAAUUUAUGAAGAAACACUGCAAGAGUCCUGUAACGUAAACAUUAUCAUUAAACAUUAACAUUUAAGAAUUGAAUACGUAAAUAUUGGCCCAGAAACAUGAAAGAUAAGUUUUUUCUUCAGCAGCUACAUCCUAAUUGUAUUAUGUAACCACUAAAAGCCUGGAACACCUGUUUGUAUGAAUGUUUACAUUGUUUAGGAAGAAACGCAGCAAAAGUAUGCAGUCCCGAAACACGUAAUUAUCCCAAACUGCGGCUGCAUUUGUCUCGGCGUGCGGUAACUAGGCAACCGCGUGUCGGAGGCUUGGGAAACAUGCGCAGUAAUCAUUCGCAGUCCUGUCAUA